AUGGGGAAGGGAUUCUUUAUUAGUAAAGCUGUUGGGGUAGUUUGUAUUGUACUUGGAGCUGGAGCUGUGGCCACCAUAAUAGCUCUGAGUGUCGUUUACUCCCAGGAGAAGGCUAAAAACGUAAAUGAAGUGUCCCCAACAAAUGGAGGAACUACAUCCAAGCCUACUACCACAACAGUGGCCCCAUCCAACAAUCCUUGGGACAAAUAUCGACUGCCCAAGAACCUGGUACCAGAACGCUAUAAUGUCACAUUGUGGCCCAGGCUUACUAAAGAUAACAAGACUGGACUCUGGAUUUUCACAGGUGAGUCCAGUGUGCACUUUAAGUGUGUUGAGGAGACCGACCUGAUUCUCAUCCACUCCAAUAAGCUGAACUAUACCAAAUAUGACAAUAACCAAAUGGCCCACCUGGACGCGAUGGAUGGUGGAACCAAGGCUCCCGCAAUAGUUUCUUCCUGGCUCCAGGUAGAAACUCAGUACCUGGUCUUAAAGCUGGAGACGAAACUGAUGAAGGACCACUGGUACACUCUUCAUACAAAUUUCAUCGGAGAACUGGAUGAUGACCUUGGAGGUUUCUAUCGAAGUGAAUACGAUGAAGAUGGAAAGCGCAAGUAUGUUGCAACAACUCAGAUGCAGCCUACAGAUGCCAGGAAAGCCUUCCCUUGUUUUGAUGAGCCGGCUAUGAAAGCAAUUUUCCACAUCACUCUAAUACACGACCGUGGAACUGUGGCACUUUCUAAUGGCGCAGAAAAAGAAACAAGCGAGGUUGUCAUUAAUAACCAGCCGUUGCAACGGACAGUUUUUGAGGAAACAAAAAAAAUGUCCACCUAUCUUUUGGCAUUUAUUGUCAGUGACUUUGGAAACAUCAGCGCAACUACUACUACUUCUACUGGUGAUGUCGAGAUCCGGAUCUUUGCCCGCAAGUCUGCUAUUGAGGCUGGUCAAGGAGCGUACGCCCUGAGCAAAACUGGAUUAAUGCUUGAUUUUUUUGAAAAGUAUUACAAAUCCAGCUACCCUUUGCCAAAAUCAGAUCAGAUUGCCCUGCCAGAUUUUAACGCCGGUGCCAUGGAGAACUGGGGUCUAAUCACCUACAGAGAGACAGCUCUCCUUUAUGAUGCUGACUUCUCCUCCAACGGCAACAAGGAGAGGAUUGCCACCAUCAUCAGUCAUGAAUUGGCUCACAUGUGGUUUGGGAACCUUGUCACUCUGAGGUGGUGGAAUGACUUGUGGCUAAAUGAAGGUUUCGCUUCAUAUGUUGAGUAUCUUGGAGCAGACAAAGCUGAGCCUGACUGGAAAGUGAAAGACCUUAUUGUGCUUAACGACGUGCACAGAGUGUUUGCCAUUGACGCAUUGACCUCCUCACACCCUUUAUCUUCAAAAGAAGAAGAUAUCCAGAAACCAGCACAGAUCAGUGAACUGUUUGAUGCCAUUUCAUACAGCAAGGGAGCAUCUGUUCUGAGAAUGCUGUCAGACUUUCUGACUGAAGAAGUCUUCAAAAUGGGCCUGCAGACCUACUUGGCGAAAUUUCAAUUUGGAAAUGCUGUUUAUACGGACCUGUGGGACCACCUGCAAAUGGCUGCUGAAAGUGCUGGUCUCCAGCUUCCUGAAACCGUCCAUAACAUUAUGAAUAGAUGGGUGCUGCAGAUGGGUUUCCCUGUGGUUACAAUUGAUACAACAAAGGGAGUUAUAACCCAGAAGCAUUUCCUCCUGGAUCCCGACUCUGGAGUUACAGCACCAGAAUCUCCUUUUAAUUAUGAAUGGAUUGUACCCAUCCGAUGGAUGAAGACUGCAGCCAACAAUAAUAUAAAAAAUAUAACAUGGUUAUCUAAACAAACAGAUACUGAAGAGUUAAUGAAGUUAUCAGGGACUGAUUGGCUGGUGGCCAAUCUCGACGUGGUGGGUUACUACAGGGUUAAUUACGAUCAAGGUAACUGGGACAGGUUGUUGGCGGUCUUGAGUACCGAUCAUGCGCGCAUACCAGUGAUAAACAGAGCACAGCUAGUGGAUGACGCCUUCAACUUGGCCAGGGCAAAGAUCAUCCCCACAGUACUGGCUCUUGACACCACCAAGUAUCUGAAUAAGGAGACAGAAUACAUGCCCUGGGAGUCAGCCCUGAGCAACCUGGACUUCUUCUACUUAAUGUUUGACCGAAGUGACGUUUACGGUCCCAUGCAGGAUUACUUACAGAACCAGGCCAUCUCACUGUUUAAUCAUUACAAGACUAUCACCGCAGAUUGGACUAAAGUACCAGAUGGACACAUGGAUCAGUACAAUCAGGUGAAUGCGAUCAGUCUGGCUUGCAAGACUGGCUAUGAAGAAUGCCAAAACCUGGCCAAGACAUUAUUCAAUCGAUGGAUGAAUGAGGAAAUUAACCCAAUACACCCCAACCUACGCACCACUAUAUACUGCAAUGGCAUUGCAGCAGGGGGUGCUAAAGAGUGGGAUUUUGCUUGGUCUGCAUUUCAAAACUCUGCCAUUGCCUCUGAAGCUGAAAAAAUCCGCUCUGCUCUAGCCUGUACAAAGCAGCCUUGGCUGCUCAACAGGUACUUGGAGUACACACUGCAGCCUAAGUUUAUCCGAAAACAGGAUGCCACUUCCACGAUUGUCUACAUUGCCAACAAUGUGAUUGGUCAGUCUCUGGCCUGGGACUUUGUCAGGGCUCAUUGGUCCUACAUUUUUACCCAGUAUGGCGGUGGCUCUUUUUCCUUUUCCAACCUCAUCAAUGGAAUCACCAAACGGUUUUCGAGUGAAUUCGAGCUCCAGCAGCUAAAACAAUUUAAAGAAGAUAACGCUGAGGUCGGCUUUGGCUCUGGGACAUUGGCAGUGGAUCAGUCCAUCGAGAGAACCAUCGCCAACAUGAAGUGGAUCGAAGACAACAAGGACAGUGUUCGAAAAUGGUUCAAAGAUCAAGUAGAAUCUUCAUGA